AUCUCUCACUUUCUCCUCCUCUUCCAUAUUUUUUUCCUCCUUUUCUUCCUCUUUCACAAUGCUCCCUUACCAUACCCUUGAAGGAGCACAAGUUGCACUAGGCAGAGGACUAACCCUUGCUGAGACAAUAUGGUUCAAAUACUCUGCCAACAAACCUGAUUUUGUUCUUCAUUGCCACAACACUCUAUUCUUGUGCUUAUUUUACUCUAUAGCUCCAAUUCCUUUCGUAUUAAUGGAGCUUAGUGGGUAUGAGAAGCUAAACAAACACAAAAUUCAGCCCUCGGUUAAGAGAUCAUUCAAGGAAAUGUUCAAGUGCUACAAAGAUGUCAUGGAGACCUUUGUCAUUGCAGUUAGCCCACUACAGAUAAUUUCUUAUCCCACCAUCAAGUGGAUUGGGAUCAGAACUGGUUUGUCAUUGCCAUCAGGCUGGGAGUUAUUUUGGCAAUUAUUUAUUUACUUUGUCAUAGAAGAUUUUUCGAAUUAUUGGAUUCAUAGGAUGCUCCAUUGCAAGUGGGCAUUUGAGAAGAUUCACAAGGUUCAUCAUGAAUAUGUAGCACCAAUUGGGCUCUCAGCACCUUAUGCCCAUUGGGCCGAGAUAAUCAUAUUGGGUAUCCCCUCGUUUCUAGGCCCAGCACUGGUUCCUGGGCAUAUAACAACCUAUUGGCUAUGGUUCAUUUUGCGACAGCUAGAAGCCAUCGAGACUCAUAGCGGGUAUGAUUUUCCUUGGAGUCCCACAAAAUAUAUACCAUUUUAUGGAGGGCCUGCAUACCAUGACUACCAUCACUACGUUGGUGGAAAAAGUCAAAGCAACUUUGCCUCAGUAUUUACCUAUUGUGACUACAUUUACGGGACCCAUAAGGGGUAUCAAUAUCGGAAGCAGAUGCGCAAGAAAAAUUCUACUGACACCUUCAUUGCCCAAAAUUACAAGAUGGAUGGAUAGCUGAUUUUGAUAUUUCUUCUAUGUUCACAUCCAACAUCUUAAAAUUCAGACUAAUUUACUUAUAAAUUCAUCUGCUUUAUAUAUUUUAUUUUUGUACACCUAUAUAUCACUAUGUACUUUUAUAUGUUUCGUGCUACUUAGCCUCAAUA